CCUCCAUCGAGCUCAACGCUCUCAAGCCGCCUGUCCGCCUGCAAAUGGCUCUCUGCGGGCGUCUAGCACGUCGCGUACCCGUCCUCACAGGUCAAACCCGCUCAAUUGCAUCUCCCACAUGCUCGCGGGCCUUCACAGCCAGGGCCGCUAGGCCGCUGGCCUCUCUGCGCUCCAGCAGCGAGUCUCCUGCAGUCUACCGGCAGCUGCGGGCAUUCACAAAGGUCGCCUCUACAUGGAACAAGACCCAGACCGCACCUAAUGCCGAGGCAUACCUAAAGAGCGGCGUCAUUUCUGGCGCACAGGACCUGGUCGACGUCAAGAAAGUCUUGGUCAUUGGCAGUGGUGGUCUCAGCAUUGGCCAGGCCGGAGAGUUUGACUACUCAGGCUCACAAGCACUCAAGGCCCUGAGGGAAGCUGGCGUCAAGUCUGUUCUGCUCAACCCCAACAUUGCUACUAUCCAAACAUCCCACGUGCUCGCUGACGAAAUCUACUACCUGCCUGUAACUCCCGAAUACGCCGAAUAUGUCAUCCAGAAGGAGAAGCCCGACGGCAUCUUCCUCAGCUUUGGUGGCCAGACUGCGCUGAACCUGGGUGUCCAGAUGGAUGCCAAGGGCAUUUUUGAAAAGUAUGGUGUCAAGGUGCUCGGUACCAGCGUCCAGACUCUCAAGACGAGCGAGGACCGUGAUCUCUUUGCCCGUGCUCUCGACGAAAUCAACAUUCCCAUUGCCAAGUCGAUUGCCGUGUCUUCCGUCGACGAGGCACUGGACGCUGCCGAAAAGGUCGGAUACCCCAUUAUUGUGCGCGCUGCCUAUGCGCUCGGUGGUCUUGGUUCUGGUUUUGCAAACAACCCCGAGGAGUUGAAGAACCUCUCGGCUCGUUCCCUCUCACUGUCGCCCCAGAUCUUGGUCGAGAAGUCGCUCAAGGGCUGGAAGGAGGCCGAGUACGAGGUCGUGCGUGAUGCCAGUGACAACUGCAUCACAGUCUGCAACAUGGAGAACUUUGAUCCUCUUGGUGUGCACACGGGUGACAGUAUCGUUGUAUCGCCCAGUCAAACGUUCAGCGACGAGGAGUACCACAUGCUCCGGUCUGCGUCCAUCAAGAUUGUCCGACACUUGGGUGUCGUUGGAGAGUGCAACGUGCAGUACUGCUUGCAACCAGAUGGCCUCGACUACCGCGUCAUUGAAGUCAAUGCUCGUCUCUCUCGUUCGUCUGCGCUCGCGUCCAAGGCAACUGGCUACCCUCUGGCUUACACUGCAGCCAAGAUUGGUCUGGGCCACACGCUUCCCGAGCUGCCAAAUGCCGUUACCAAGACCACAACCGCAAACUUUGAGCCUAGUUUGGACUAUGUCGUCACCAAGAUGCCUCGCUGGGACCUUAGCAAGUUCCAGAAUGUCAAGCGUGACAUUGGCAGCUCUAUGAAGUCGGUUGGUGAGGUCAUGGCGAUUGGUCGUACAUUCGAGGAGUCUUUCCAGAAGGCCUGCCGACAAGUCGAUCCCAAGUACCUCGGUUUCCAGGGUGAGAAGUACGGCGAGAACCUCGACGAGGAGCUCAAGAACCCUACUGAUCGCCGCUGGCUGGCUGUUGGUCAAGCUCUGUACCACGAAGGCUACUCGGUCGACAAGGUCCACGAGCUCACCAGGAUUGACAAGUGGUUCCUGCACAAGCUCCAGAACAUUGUUGACUGCACACACGAGCUCGAAAAGAUUGGCAGCCUGUUUGGCCUGAAGAAGGAAAUCAUCCUCAAGGCCAAGAAGCUUGGUUUCUCCGACAAGCAGAUUGCAAAGGCAGUCAACAGCACAGAAGACGAGGUCCGCGCUCGCAGGACAGGCUUUGGCAUCAGGCCAUGGGUCAAGAAGAUUGAUACUCUGGCUGCUGAGUUCCCCGCAAACACCAACUACCUCUACACCACCUACAACGCCUCGUCGCACGACGUCACCUUUGACGACCACGGUGUUCUCGUUCUGGGCAGCGGUGUCUACCGUAUUGGAAGCUCGGUCGAGUUUGAUUGGUGCGCUGUCAACGCUACCCGCUCUUUGAACGCACUCGGCAAGAAGACUGUCAUGAUCAACUACAACCCAGAGACCUACAGUACCGACUUUGACGUUGCUGACAAGCUCUACUUUGAGGAGCUCAGCUACGAGCGUGUCAUGGAUAUCUACGAGCUCGAGACUGCCAGCGGUGUUGUCGUCUCAGUCGGUGGUCAGCUUCCCCAGAACAUUGCUCUGAAGCUGCAAGAGUCUGGCAAGGCAAAGGUUCUCGGAACUGAUCCUCGCGACAUUGACAAGGCCGAGGACCGCCACAAGUUCUCUUCCAUCCUCGACUCGAUUGGCGUGGACCAGCCGGCUUGGAAGGAACUCACCUCGUACGACGACGCGAAGAACUUUGCAAACUCGGUCGGAUACCCGGUUCUCGUCCGCCCGUCGUACGUUUUGUCCGGCGCUGCCAUGACGGUCAUCCGUGGCGAGGAUGAGCUCAAGGAGAAGCUCCUUGCUGCUUCCAACGUGUCGCCCGACCACCCGGUUGUCAUCACCAAGUUUAUCGACGGUGCCCAAGAGAUUGACUGCGAUGCUGUCGCCUCCAACGGAAACGUCCUGGUCCAUGCCAUCAGUGAGCACGUUGAGAACGCUGGUGUCCACUCUGGUGACGCCACUCUUGUCCUGCCACCCGUUAACCUCGACAAGCGCAUCCAAGAGCGUGUCAAGAAGAUUGCCGACAAGGUUGCCAAGGCCUGGAACAUUACCGGUCCCUUCAACAUGCAAAUCAUCAAGGAGGAGGUCGAGGGCUCCGAGCCCAACCUCAAGGUUAUCGAGUGCAACCUCCGUGCUUCUCGUUCAUUCCCCUUUGUCAGCAAGGUUCUCGGUACCAACUUUAUCGACGUUGCUACAAAGGCUCUUGUCGGCCGCGACGUCCCUCAGCCCACUGACCUUAUGAGCGUAGAGAGGAACUACCUCGCCACCAAGGUUCCCCAGUUCUCCUGGACCAGGUUGGCCGGUGCCGAUCCCUACCUCGGUGUAGAGAUGUCGUCGACUGGUGAGAUGGCCUGCUUUGGCAAGGACCUUGUCGAGGCCUACUGGGCGUCAGCACAAUCGCAGAUGAACUUCCGCCUUCCCCAGCCGGGCGAGGGUCUGUUGUUCGGUGGUGAUGUCACGCCUGGCUCGCUCCACUCCAACUCUCUGAUCCAGAUUGCCAAGUACGUGCACGCGCUUGGCUACAGGUUCCUUGCUGCCAACAACGACGUCAAGAAGCUUCUGGAGAAGAACACCGAGGGUCUCAGUGUCGAGGUUAUUGAGUUCCCCAAGGACGACAAGAGGAAGCUGCGUGAGGUGUUUGAGAAGUACGAUAUCCGCGGCUGCUUCAACCUGGCCAAGUACCGGGCGAACGGUCUGCUGGACGAGGACUACGUAAUGAGGAGGAAUGCGGUCGAUUUUGGCGUGCCGCUAUUCAUGGAGCCCAAGACUGCGGUGCUGUUUGCUCAGUGCAUGAGCGAGAAGCUUCCCAAGAAGGAGGGUAUCCCAAGUGAAGUCAGGUCAUGGAGCGAGUUUGUCGGUGGCCGACCAUUGUAAAAGGAUUGAAAAAAAAAGAGUACUGGGGUGUAACAUGUAGCCGAAGCUGACCCUUGGAUUGGGUCUAUUUCAAAGGAAAAACGGACUGGGAUAAAGAUUAUGUUCUCAUGUGUAUAAUGUUGUCAGCCCACGAUCGACUGCGUGUGCAGUGGCGUGUCGUGAUGCUGCCUUUGUUUGGCUUUGGAAAUUCA